CUUAGGAACUUCUAAAGAGUUGUUCAUUUGUGUGCUAAUGAUUUUGAAAUUUAGGAAAGGGAGUCAGCCUCUGUUUUGCUUUUGUAAAUGAUCGAAGUUGGUUACGUUUAUGGACUAAAUGAAUGUAGAUACCAAUCAAAUUGAAUUACCCACUUAAAACGAAUGUAUUUUGUUGUUUUUUGAUCACUUGAUCACCAAAAAUGAACAAUUAGAAAUCAGAGCAAACAUGUUUUUUUCUUUGCUUGGUUAUAGUGUUGAUCUAGCUCCAUCUGAUUUCUUAUCCUUUUAUUAAACUGUUAAAAAAAGGAGAGAAAAAUCUUAAAACAUUUUGACUGCAGUCUGUGGACGUGUUUCCUCCCUGCUCUCACAAAUCCUGUAAUCCCUCAGAUUUGGUUCUGUUGGGAUUACAGCAGACACUCGAAGUCGUUGCAGCGGCUCACGUCGAGCAGUGAAGUACUUUACUGCUUGGCCACCUGACGUGGACCCUCUUCUUGUCACCGCCAGGCUGCUCUUAGUCCAUCCAGCGUUUAGUGGGGGGCGGGGCCGCAGGAUGUGACGUUCGGCUCGGACACUAGGGCGAUCCCUCACUAUUCCCUAAUCAGCGCUCGUCAAUGCUAAUGUUUGGUCAGUCGGAUUUCUGUAAGAAUGGCUGACUGAUUCCAUGCUGUACGGCUGCAGUGGAAACCGAAUAGAAGUAUCCGAGUUCCGCAGCUAUGGAUCUAACUUUUGCUGUAGCAGCAGUUAUCUUCACGCUUCUCGCCAUCGUCGCUGCAACGUUCCUGUUGAGCGGCUCCAGGUCUGCAGCGAGCGUCUGUUCCGGGCAAAGACUGAAGGGGUCUGCAGCAGGAAGGGAUCAACCCGAGCCAGAACAUAACGGGCAUUUACCGAGGGAGAAGGAGAAUGAAGAACCUACUGAGAGCCUUGAUUUCAGCGAUGACAUGGAGUCAGAUUCCGACAGUUCCAUAAAGUAUGUUCCAGGAAAGGCACGAUCCCAUCACUUGGAAAAGAUGAUGUCACAGGAGGAGCUGGACCAGGAGAAGAGAGUGCAGCAGGAACAGUUGGCUGCCAUCUUUCAGCUGCUGAGAGACAAUAAGGAUACGUUUGGGGACGUGUCAGAAGGAGACAUGGAGGAGCAGCUCAAACUCUACUCUAUUUGAGACUAGUUUGCUCUCACCGUCUUCAGUACAGAAAUACUUCAUAAAGUCUGUUCAAAGUAUUCAGCACUCCUGUAAUCUCAAGUUUUUUAUCUUUUUAAGAAUCAAAUAUUUGGUCUUUUGUAGUAGUUGACAAUCUGAUGUGUACAUUAACAACUUCACUAAAGUCCCCAACUAAAAAUAUUAACCAACAGCCCAAAUGGAUAAAUGUGUGUUAGGGUUUUGAUGUCAAACACUGGCAUUCCACAAUCAGCCUACGCGUGAUAAUGUUUUUGACCAACUUUGCUUUUAUGUUGACACGCCUUUGAUGUGGCACUGCUGCAAGGUUACACAAUGUCAGGAUAUUCAUUUAUCUGUAGUUCCGUCUCCUAAACAUUCCAAAGACUCUCUGUGUCUGGACUCUUCAACUAUCAUUCCUCCAGUAAAAAUGAUAAAUCUGUCUUUUUGAACCACAUUGUUACAUUUUGUGUUUGGUGAAUCCUGGCUGGAAGUGACAUCGCCACAUCACCCUGACAGGCAGCAACAAUAGGCUAAAUGCAUUGUGGGUAAUCAUUUGAUCCACAUCUUGACUUUCUCUGAAUAUAAAUCUAGAUUACCUCACUAUGUGUAUUCGGUCUAUUGGCAUUUGCUCCUUUAUUUUUUACAUUUUCUUUUUUAUUAUUCUUUAAUUUUUUCACACAGUCCUAGAGGCUCAUCUUUGCCAAUUUGUCAAAAUGUUCCUGUUUAAUCAAGUACAGUAAGACUGUAGUAGGAUUAUCAGUUUUCAUGAUUUUUAAAACUAGUAUUUCAAUAUGUUUUGCUUUCAUUUGGAUUCACAUCUGUUUCUUUUCUUUUUUUUGUAGCAUUAGUAAGUUAUUAUACAUUUCUGUGACUAAAAGUUGUAAUUAAAAAAGGACAAACAUUAUUGCUUUAGAUAUGAAUCACACGUUUGAACUCUUACAGACUUGCCAGACUGAGACCUGUUGUGUAAUAAACCACACUGGUGUGUAUUAAAAGUUUCUGUGUGUGUGUGAGUAUUUGCUCCUUAAUUCAUAUAGCUUUGUAGCCCUGCCCAGUCACCCUGGCUGACUCAGUUUCUAAAACUCGUGGUAAUCUGUAAACACGACCGGGGAAGGACAGAAAACUCUUGGCUUCCUUAGACAGAAGUUUAUAACCUGUUCUUUCUUUCUUUUGUUUUUUUUUCAAGAUGCCAAGAUCCUUUUUUAUAUUUUUUGUGCUUUCGCUCAGCACUGUGCUGCUUGUUUUCACAUUGGGACAUACGUUGAAAGACAUUCGGUGAGUGGGAUUUCAGCCAUUUAUGUUUAUUUGUAGUAGAUUGAGCAGCUCAAUACUACAUGGUAAUACAACGGCUACUAUUUCUAAUCCACUGAACUCUCUCCAGUCAUGUUUUCAGAGAAGUCGAUCGUUUAUCCAAAAUGUCCACCACAGCACUUGCAAAAACUGACGUCUCAUUGAAAACCAAUGAAACCUCUUCAAAUGGAGCUGUGGCUGAGACCCCCAUGCCCGUGCUCUUCAAAAGUUCCUUCAAGAGUGCUCCUCAAUGGAUCUUUGACAAUGUCUACAACCAAGAUACCCCAAGCAGACAGACAACAUGUGCUCAGUCUCUGCAAAACUCUCAGGAUGACAGUUUCAGAAAGUCUUUCCUGCCCAACAUCAGGUUGUUUCUGCACAAAGAUAGUAUAAAUAUGAGCGAGUGGAACCGGCUCUCACACUACAACAACCCUUUUGGUUUUAUGGAGUACAAUUACAGUGAUGUAAUGAAUGCAGUGAAGCUGAUCCCAAAGCCUAAAGAACCUCUGCUCGUACCAAAGCCAGGCAGCGAUGGCUGUGUGCGCUGUGCUGUGGUGGGCGCCUCCGGGAUUCUUAAUGGCUCUAGAAUGGGGACAGAGAUCGAUUCACAUGAUUAUGUCUUCAGGAUGAAUGGUGCGGUCAUCACCGGGUACGAGGAGGAUGUUGGAGAAAAGACAUCAGUGUAUGUUCACACGGCGCAUUCCAUCACUGCCUCAAUGAAGUUCUUUAAGAUUUACGGAUACACAUCUGUCCCCAAAGAUGAGGGUAUCAUACAUGUGCUGAUUCCUGAAGGCUUGUGCGAUUUCACUUGGCUGCAGGCUCUCAUCAGAGGAGAAAGAGUCACUACUGGUCGACACAAGAACACCGUACCAAGGACGUUCUACGCUGGACGGUACAAUGUGAGCCGCUUCUAUGUUCUACACCAGGACUUCCUCAGAUAUGUGAGAGACAGAUUCCUUCUGUCACCUCACCUCAACGAGUCACACUGGGCCUUGGUCAGGCCAACCAACGGAGCAUUCACCCUCUUCCUGGCCCUCCACACCUGUGACACAGUGAAUGCAUAUGGAUUCAUUACAGAGGACUAUGAGAAAUACCCCAACUACUAUGUGGAAAAGAGUGUUAAAACCCCAGUUACUAUGUACAUAAAUCAUGACUACAUCCUGGAGAUGAAAACAUGGCAAAAACUACACCAGAGUAAAAUAAUAAAACUAUACCAAAGAACAGACUCAGAAACAGAGGCAGGGCAGCCAAAGUCACCGUAAGGUAACGUUUGUUCUUUACAUAAUUUGGUGUUUUAUUUUGUUAAUUGAGUAUAUGCUUAUGCUCAACUCAACUCACACGCAUGUAUCGCAGUUUACCACAUGGUGUCGUUGUUUUACGGUUUACAGCGCCUCGAACGUGUGUUCUUGUAAAGUGUAACGCAUACACAACAUUGUACUAUAUUACAAAAUCAUCGAAACGAAAACACGUUUUUAAGAACGUUCCCCAUCAAAGUGAUAAAAGUUAGGUUCAUAUUAAAGAUACGAUCUUUGUAUGAAUGCAAUUGAACAAGAUCUCCAAAGAAGUCCAAUCAUGCAUUGCGCCGCAGUGUGAUUCGCUAUACUAAAAUUAAAGUAAGCAGUGGUUUGUUAACACACAUAUUCCGAGGCUGUGGUGAAGAUUUAGUUGUUUAAAAUGUCCUAGAUAUGUUGGAUGUUUAUAGUUUACUAAAGGUACUACUGUAUAUAGAAACGAUAUUAUCUAUAUUUUCAAAUGAUGACUAUGCAUUAACUGUUGUUUACCACACAGGGUCGCUGUUCUGCAGUUUGCAAUGGUGGCGUUCUUGUUAAUGUGCUAGUAAAACAAACUCAUACAGAAGAUUAAAUUUAUGACCCGAUGCUGUAUUUUGUAACACUACCAAUAUUUAAUAAACUAACUUUAGUAAACCCACUAAUAUGUUUAGAUAUAUUAAAAUAAAAAAAUGUUUGCUAUGAUUUACACAGUUUAGCGAAACCCGAGUCCCAUGAUGCAUUGCGCAGCAGUCCAAAGAACUCGUCUACUAUAUAAAAGAUCGAUUAUAUCAAUAUUAAAACUCGAAAAUAUCCACGCGAGUGCAUUUAUUUUGUAGAUAACUAGAAUUAUAUUAUAUUUAUGAGUGGAAUAGUAACAACCCGUGACCUAAAAUGAUGUUGCUGUACGUCUAGAUGGCCUUUGCGACGUUGUUAAGGCAGUUCACUCUUGUUUCUCUUCAGAUCGUAUAAAUCUUUCGCCUUUUACUAAAGAUUUCCGUGGAGAGGAACAACAAGAGUUUAUCUCAAUUUUUUGAUGCCCUGCUAACGCGGGGCUUCCUUAUGCUGUUGAAUGAAACGACAAUUAAACGGUUCUGCUCAAUUUGCUGAUGUUAUACGUUGUCCUUAACUGGCAAAUGUUAACAAUGCAGAAACUUCGUAGUCCGCAGUUUGCGUUGGUUAUUUAAGUCGUUUCAACAAUGUGCAAUGUCAUCGUUGAUCAUCAAUUAUGAUAUAAAUAUAUUUUAUUUAAGUACUUGUUUUAGGAAUACAAAAUUAAACAUGUAACUUGACAACUGUCAGAAAAAAAUACGUUGUUUUACACAAACGUUGGUUUCCGAUCAACGGGUAACACUAUUUUUAGCUUAGCUACUCUUCCCGAAUAUAUUGAAAGUCGUAGAACAAAGGAAAUCCUUAAAUAGGUCUGUAGUUGAUACUGCUGUGAUCCAGCUCCAGUUAUGGGUUUACAGGAAAUUCUCCACAAAAGUACGGCAGUUCGCAGGGACGAGAAUGGAAGAUUACAAAGCAACACAUUGUAGCCCGGUUUUAGAAGUUUAAAAACUUAUGAUAUUCGUAUAAGAUGUAAAUAUUGUUACAGUAUUCGCCAGAACAGAAAACAGAUCAUCACUAACUUGAUGAUUUGAAAGAUUUUGUUGUAUUUUUUGCAAAAAGAAACAAUAUUAUCUCAGAAAAUCAAAGGCCUGUUCUUCACUGAGUUUAAAAUAAACUUGUUUAACGUUAACCCCAAAACGUAUGACUACGCAUUAACUAUUGUUUACCACACAGCGUCGCUGUUCUGCAAUCUGCAAUGUUGGCAUUCCUAUUAAUUUCCACACGUGCUAGUAAAACACUCAUACAGAAGAAACAGUUAAACAUUAAUGCUGUAUUUUGUAACACCAGCAACAUAGUACAACUGUUAACUCUAAAUAAUGGUUAUAUAUUUUAGAAAAUAGCUGGUUUGUGAUUGUAUAUAUUGUAGUUUAGCGAUAAGCGAGUCCCAUGAUGCAUUGCGCAGUAAACCAAAGUAAACUCAUCUACUAUAUAAGAAAUCGAUUUUACCAACGUUGAAACUCUAAAAUAUCUGUGAGAGUGCAUUUAUUCUUGUUUAUUCUAUUAUUUAAGUAAUUUACAUGGGGUCCUUACAAGGUUAAAGAAUGUAACCCAUGAGCUAAAACGUUGUUGCCGUGGAUCUCGAUGCCUUUUGAGCUGUAAGGGAGGCAGUUCACUCUUGUUUCUCUUCAGAUCGUAUAAAUCUUUCGCCUUUUACUAAAGAUUUCCGUGGAGAGGAACAACAAGAGUUUAUCUCAAUUUUUUGAUGCCCUGCUAACGCGGGGCUUCCUACUUUUGUCAAAAAAAAAUUCCAAAACCAUCUAUAGGGGUGCUAAGCUAAAGGUUUAUUGAAAACCGAAUUCUGAGUGUAGUCUAGUGGCAGGUUGGAAUUGUUGCGGUAGAGAGAGCUGUCCCCGCAGAGCAGAAAUCAAACAACAAACCGCAAAAGGCAGCUUUUUAUCAUUGCAAUAUUGUUGAGUGUUGCAACCAUGGAUGAUUUUUCUCGAAAUGUGUAUUUGUUUGUUUUAUUGUGUUGAGUUUGAAAUUUAAUGUAGUGUCACUUUAAAAAAUUAAAGGCACUCAAUCUGAUAACUGGGACGCUUUAGUGUAACUCAAUGCCAAGGUUCAUUUUGUGAAAUUAUCAUUAAAUUAUUUAACCGAACUGAAUGAAACGUACAGCUUUAUAGAAAACAAUGCAACAAUAUGAAUGUAAGACAAUAAUGUCUUUUUUUAAUAUGAUGGAGUCUACAGUGGCGUACGUAUGCAAGGUUAAAAAACGAGGCAACUAAACACAUUUUUAUUAGUGUACAUAUAUAGACAGUAGAGGAUAUAGUACACACACACCGCAUUAACAGAUGCAGUAAACCCUUUAAGUAUGAAUCCCUGCCCUUCCUCCCUGCUUCAUCCCUCAGCUCCUCCCGUUUAAAACGUGACACACAUCAGUAGUGUGACAGGUCACGUGACGGCCCAGCGUUGAUCCGGAAGGAGGGAGGGGAGAGAAGUAAAGGGAAGGAGGAGGCGCAAGGGGAGGUAGAGGAGGAGAAGGAAGAGGAGGAGGGGGCGGCUGAUGUUGCUGAGAAUCCGGUGUCAGGUUAGCAGAGACGGCCAUAGUCGCACUGGAAAACGGAAAUUGUGAGCCUUCAAAACAAAGGUAUUGCUAACCCUCAUCUGAAGGCCCAGUUAUGUAUAUGUUCCCCUGUGGUGGACUGUUGGGAUGUUCUGACUGUUGAGUGGGGCAGCAGUCUCUACGACCGCCACCUAAAUCACACUACACUGCACCAGCCCCUCGUGAACCUUCCUGUGGGUGGUGAAUCCACUGGAAGGCACCAACUGCCCUAACCGGGAUUCAGGAGGUGAACCAUGGGGUUCAACAUCAUUAACAGAGACACUGCCCCUGGGCCAAAGCACCACUGAUAUAAUUGUUUUGUUUGUUAAAUAUUGCAAUACACAUGACUAUUGUACCAUGUACAGUAUAACACUUUCAAGUUUUUCUUACGAUAUACAGUAUUUGUCUGCUUAUAAAAAAUAAAACUAAUCCUGAUAAGUUGUUUGUUUUCAGGUGCUUUGGUGGUCACAAUGAGGCUGUUUUGUUAAUUACUUUUGAAACCAAUUGGUUAAAGAAAUGUAUUGUGCUUGUUUUCUACUCUAGUAACAAGUAAAUAAAGAUAGCUACUGACAUGUUUAACAAGUAUUGAUGGACAAGGGACUUCUGUGUCGCUUAAUAAAUACAGGCGUUUAAUGUUUUAAAACAGUAACCGGAAGUUUAUCCUCCAUGUAGUAAACUUGACUGUAGCUUAGUGAGCAGUCCAGCUCGCUUGCAUUCCUCCUCUCUCCUAAGCCUGACGGCCAGAGAAGAAAGGAGGUGGGGGAGAAACAGAGACAUAUUAUUAUUCACAACCGUGUUGGAUUUUCAUGACCCACGGAGGCGACUCACACCGGGCGAAGCGCAAAGAAAAAGGCCAGGAUAAAACAACCACGUAUAUUCGAGUCCGUCCUGCGUUUGGAUCUACAACACCGAUUUAUAAAAGGCGUCUUUUUCUUCGACAAAGACGGGACUGUGUGUGUUAUACGUCUGCGUAGGUCAUCUACCGAAUAGAAAAGCAGGUUUGGUGAAACAGUCUGGCCAAUGGUUAUUAUUCCUCUGUUUUAUAUAAAAAGGAGGAUUUACAAGAUGGCUGAUGACAGCUAGCCCUAACAAGGACAGAAGAAGCGACGUCCCCUUUAAGAUUAGCUGGGUGUAUUUUGGUAUCUAUAUCAGUUGAAUAUAUAAAUAUGGCUGCUUUAAAAAAUAAUGACGACCACACACCCCGUUGACAGAGAGCUUCCUUGUAGGGCAACGGUGCCAGUGGAGUUUAUUAUUUAUCUGUAACCUGGGCUAUGGUAGAAAAUGGUGAGGUGACGUCGGAGUUAAUUUACGCGAUUUAAAUCGAGAUAAGGAAGUGGAACAAUUAUGUUGUUGUUGCUGUUGGCCACAGGCUGAGGCGACGUUCCGUGAGGAGGCUAAAAAA